AGACGCUCACCUUCCCCUCCGACUCUCUGUAUUCUAUCUCCCUUUCUCCAUCUCUCUCCACAUUGCUGCCGGCGGCCAAAUUUCAGUCCCCACCUUCGGAGAAUCAGAGGUCCUCAAGCAAAAGUGAAAGGAAAAAUCACUGCUGUUUAGGCUAGAUAGUUAGAGAGAGAUGAGGCUGCUAACGCACAACAUGCUAUCUUCCAACAUCAAAGGCGUGACCAACGGCUUCCCUCUGCGCAUUGAAAUAGAGAAGGUCGUGGAGAAGCAGGUUGACUUCAAUGCUGAUUUCCUUAGGAACAUGUUCCCUAAGAUCGAGUGGAAGGCCCUCGUGGGCGCCGCUCGUACUUUGGGCUAUGUUGAGCUCCCUGAGGAGGUUGAGCCUUCCAGGCUUGAUUCUGAAGAUUUUCUGCGCAAGUUCCAUCAUGCCCUUUUGGAGCUUCAUCUCGAGGAGGGUGCGCUUGUUUGCCCCGAGACUGGUCGCCGGUUUCCGGUUUCUAAGGGAAUACCCAAUAUGCUACUUCAUGAAGACGAAGUGUGAAUCAAGUUAUGGUGGACUGGACUGUCAUUGCUCAUCUUGUACUUACUGAAAUUAGAGAUUUUGUUCUGCAGAUUUUGUUACUAUAAAUUGGAAUGUUAUGGUUUUGUUUAGUUAUUAUGUUUUAUUUUGAUAUGUUGAAAAUCA